AUGGCGCCUUCACCAAGUAGCAGUGCAGCUGUGUUGGCCAUGCUGGUGCUCCUCGUCCUGCUGGGGAUGGGAUACCCAGCGGCCGCUGCGACGGCAUGUACGGACUGUGUGUCGCAGUGCAACUCGACAUGCAGCGCUGCCAACUUUGCCGGGGCGGGGCCUUGCGGCGCAGACUGCAGCCGGUCGCAGACAUGCUUGUUAUGCCUCCAAGCGUACAAAUGGAAGUGCUCGAUGCACUGCUACAGUUCUUGCAGAAGCCAAACAAGUAGUGCAUAUGACUGUGAAGGCUCUUGCGCAAGGUCUUGCAGCGACCUCACCGGCUGGUGCGGCAUCUGCGCCGAGUCGCCUACGUGCACGGCCUGCAAGGCCAACUACUCGCGUGGGUGCACAUCAUGCUGCACCUCUUACUGCAAGUCCCACUGCGUCUAG